UAUCCCGUCGUUAUCGAACCCCAUGGAGACCCCACUCCCUUCUUUAUCGCAACUAACCCCAAUUCCUACUUCCGCCGCCGCCGUCUCUUCCGCUAUUCCGGCCGCAGUCAAGACCGUUUCCGUUCAACAACCCAUCGAUGGAUCUCCACGCGCCGUCUCUGUCGAUACCGGGGGUAAUCCGGAGCCGCUUGCGGCUGUUCCUGGAGCUAAGCUUCGUCUCAUGUGCAGCUUUGGUGGCCAUAUCAUGCCUCGUCCGCAUGACAAGUCCUUGACGUAUUCCGGCGGAGAGACUCGUCUUGUUGUUGUUGAUCGACGCGCGUCGCUUUCUUCCCUCCGAUCUCGUCUCUCUACUAUGCUUCUCAACGGCCGGUCCUUCACUCUCAAGUACCAGCUCCCUAGCGAAGAUCUCGAUUCACUCGUCACCAUCACUACCGAUGAAGAUCUGGAGAAUAUGAUCGAGGAGUACGAUCGCGCCACUUCCUCAGCGACGGCGACUGCUACGCAACGGAUCCGGUUGUUUCUUUUCGCUAACAAGCUCGAGACCGCCGCUACUAUGGGACCUCUGCUUGAUGGCGCGAAAUCUAACACUUGGUUCGUCGAUGCUCUCAAUCAAUCUGGCUUGCUUCCUCGGGGUUUGUCGGAUUCCGCCACUGUUAAUAACACCUUGGUAAAUCUAGAUGAGGCUAGCGGCGGAGAGGCCGAGAUCCGAAACCUAGAAACUAAUGCUGCCGCUGGCGAGAACAAUAAACGAGGGGAGUUUGUUCCAAACGGUGUGAUUUCGCAUCAGGAGAUGCAUAUGAGCUCGAUGCCUGACUCGCCAAUGAUGGAAGCCGCUGGUUCUUCGAUAGGAUCUUCAUCUUCUUCUCCUUCUACUUCCAAUUUGCCACCGAUUCGCGUUAGAGUCAGCGAAGACCAGAGGAUUGAGGAACAAUUGGCACAGAUGACCUUCUCAAACAUGCAAACUCAGAGGCAAUUUGAUGAUGGCAUUAGCUUGAUUGCAACUCGCCCAAUGAUGAUUCCGUCCGGUGCCAUGACCGAUGCUAAUACAAUGGCGUAUAACAACGCACCUGGUGAUGGUGUUCCUCCCGCAAGCAAUGGCCAGGUCUCACCGGAUGACGAUCGAUCCGAUUCAGGUGUAUCAACUGGCUACAGGAAGCCACCUUUGCCGAUGCAGUCAGUAUCAAUCCCACCGAGAACUGUCGGAGGGUAUAGCUUGACUUCUCCUGAUUCCGUUGCAAGUGAUACUAGCAUUUCUUCUGCUACUUCAUUUUCAAAGCCAAUGUACUACCAAGACCAACCUCCAGCUCUACCAAGAGCUCCUCCAUUGACACAGCCUGAAACCACCUCGGUCCAAAGCUCCCAUGUCUUACCUCAGACUGAAACCACUUCACCCCAAACCACCUCCCACGUCCUGUCUCAGCCAGGCACGUAUACAACUAUGGAUCAACAACAACACCAACACCAACCUCCGGCUCAACAACCUUUCUUACACCAAGGCGUUCAGUACAUCCCUCACCCAUCUCAAUACAUCCCAGUUUACUCUCAUCAGCAGCAACAAAACUACCCUGUUUACGUGAUGUCUGUCCCGCAAUCUCAGCAGUAUGUCCCAGCAGGAACUCCCCCGCUCUACCCGAAUUCAAAACCUGGGGUGAACUCGAGACCUGAAGCUGCCCAGAAUGUUUACCGUGCCACUCCCACUCAGGUUCUUCAGCUUCAGCAGCAGCAUCAAUACAUGGGUUACAGUGGAGUUCCUCAGCAUACUACAAACACAAGCGCCACCUAUGGUACUGGAGUUCCUCAACAUACCUCAAACGCAAAUGCAAACACAAAUUACAGUAUUGGAGCUCCUCAACAUAGCACAAACGCAAACGGCAAUUAUGGUGGGGGCUACGAAUACACAAACCCUCCAAACGAGACAGUGUAUUACCACACACGGCCUCCUGCGGCCAACACUGGUAUUCCCUUAGCGUCUCCGUACCAAAGCAUGACACCAGCCGCAGCAGCAGCCGCUCUAGCUGAUAUGUCCAAGCAGAUGGCUCUUGACGGCAGUAAACAGCAACAACAUAUGGCUGCGUCUCAGCCGCUUUAGAAGCUGGAUCUUUUGGUAAUAAAGGCGCCAAGUGUGACUGUAUAGCCCAAUUACACUUCGCGCUUCUGGUCUUUUUGCUUAUUACAUGUAACGUCGUGUUGCUAUCUCCUUAGAUAUAUAUACUACAUAGGCUUUGCUAUAUCGUUUUCUAAAGUUGGUAUCUUAGUUAUACUAUUACUUAUUAUGUCUCUAUAUCUUUUUCUAUAUUUGGAAAAUAAAAAUUGUUUGGAUGAUUAUUCUAAUUAGUAUAAUGGACUAAGAUUUGAAGGCU